AACUGUCUUCCUACCGGUGAUAAUUUUUGUACCUCAGUAGUUGCUGAAUAUAACUUUUCUCUCAUGGCUUUCCCACAGGAUGAAGAUGAGACGCCAUAAGCUCUUUCUGACUCUCUGCAUGGCUGGUCUCUGCCUCAUCUCCUUCUUGCACUUCCUCAAGGCCCUGUCCUAUGUCACCUUCCCCCGGGAGCUAGCGUCACUUAGUCCCAACCUCGUCUCCAGCUUCUUUUGGAACAAUGCACCCGUCACACCUCAGGUUAGCCCUGAGCCAGGGGGUGCGGAGUUCCUCCGCACGCCUCUCUAUUCCCACUCGCCCUUGCUCCAGCCCUUGUCUCCCAGCAGAGCCAGCGAAGAACUGCACAGAGCUGAGUUUGUGCUGCCAGAAGACACAACAGAAUAUUUUGUCCGUACCAAAGCUGGUGGUGUUUGCUUUAAACCAGGCACCAAGGUGUUGGAGAAGCCAUCGGUGGGAGGGCGGCCCGAGGAGCGAGCGGAUGGUGCCGCCUCAGGGCGGCCUGCUCGCAAGCUGCUAAGUGCUGGUGGGACCAAGCGACGCAAGUGGGUAGAGUGUGUUUGCUUGCCAGGGUGGCACGGCCCAAGCUGCGGGGUCCCCACUGUAGUUCAGUACUCCAACCUGCCCACCAAGGACCGCCUCGUGCCACGGGAGAUCCCUCGACGGGUCAUCAAUGCUAUCAAUGUCAACCAUGAGUUCGACUUGCUGGACGUCCGCUUCCAUGAGCUGGGGGAUGUGGUGGACGCCUUCGUGGUGUGCGAGUCCAACUUCACGGCCUAUGGUGAGCCGCGGCCCCUCAAGUUCCGCGAGAUGCUCCUCAAUGGCUCCUUCGACUACAUCCGCCACAAGGUGCUCUAUGUCUUCCUGGACCAUUUUCCCCCCGGCGGCCGCCAGGAUGGCUGGAUUGCUGAUGACUACCUGCGCACCUUCCUCACUCGAGACGGCAUCUCUCGCCUCCGCAAUCUGCGCCCAGAUGAUGUCUUUAUCAUCGAUGAUGCUGAUGAGAUCCCAGCCCGUGAUGGGGUGCUCUUCCUCAAACUCUACGAUGGCUGGACAGAGCCUUUCGCCUUUCACAUGCGGAAGUCACUCUAUGGCUUCUUCUGGAAGCAACCAGGCACCUUGGAGGUGGUCUCGGGCUGCACUAUGGGGAUGCUCCAGGCUGUCUAUGCCACCGAUGGGAUCCGUCUGCGGCGCCGUGAGUAUUAUACCAUGCCUGGUUUCCGGCAGUAUGAAAACAGCACAGGACAUAUCCUGGUGCAGUGGUCACUGGGAAGCCCCCUCCACUUUGCUGGCUGGCACUGCUCCUGGUGUUUCACGCCAGAGGGGAUCUACUUUAAACUGGUAUCAGCCCAGAAUGGGGACUUCCCCCGCUGGGGUGACUAUGAGGAUAAACGAGACCUCAAUUAUAUUCGGGAGCUGAUCCGGACUGGCGGCUGGUUCGAUGGCACUACGCAGGAGUAUCCUCCCGCCGACCCCAAGGAGCAGAUGUACGCUCCCAAGUACCUGCUCAAGAACUACCAGCGGUUCCACUAUUUGUUGGAGAACCCCUACCGAAGAGCAGAAGGAGCUGCGUGAUGCCACUGGGGCUUGCAUAGGAAAUUGGAACUUCACAACAAAGGGAAAGAUCCGAGUGUUUUGCCAGUUCCUUUCUUUUUUUAUUUUCUUUGAUUCCAGGUGGGGUGUACCAUUUCUUGGGAGUCUCUGCCCCCCUUUCUUCCCUUCUUCCCUUUAUUCCAGGGUGAUGCUCAGGGAAAGAAUUCCUGAGUCGCGUAAAGGGAGGCCUGGGCAAGAAAUGGAGAGAAGUUGGGGACCUACUCUGGGAGUAGCAUAAAGACCCUACCACAUCUCCUAAACCUCUCCUGCUGGCUGGAGAGAAUCUUUGCAGCCAGCUGGUGGAUUUUCCUCUGCGGGAGGCUGGGAGGAUCCCCUGGGGAGAGAGAGGGCAGCUGUUCCUGUCCACCCUCAUCCUUUGUGGAUCGGAGCAAGCACAGAUGUGAGCCUGGGCUGUUCAAUGAGUGUGUGAGUCAGCAGGCAUAAACCAGUGUGAGUGGUCAUGCGUGCAGAUGUGUGUCACGGGCAUUUUUUGGAUGUGUGAAUGUGCAAAAGCAUCUCAAUAAGUGUUUAAUUUCUGUAUACCUCUGUAUUCAAAAACUAUUU